GGUUUUGCGAAAUUGCGCUACCUGACAGUACCAGAUAGCAGCUAUUCCAGAAUUCUCUUGCGCCUUUUUGCUUCAGAUCUACUAUCAAUCUUUUGAUGAUCGAAUCCAUAUCAAGGAUUUAGCGUACAACUUACGCUGUAAAAUUACGGAUAGUCGGAGUUGAAGAAACCGCUGCGUUUUAUUCACGCCUUCUGUGAUCUAUUUAGGAUUUUGCAGUUUUGAUUCUUCUAGUUUUAGAUUGCGUGAUCAUGAGGUGAUUCGUUGAUUUUCUAAGUCUUGUUAAUUAGCUGAAAUCGUGUUUGCAUCCUGGAUUCUUUGGAGCUCUCAGCUGGUGAGUCGAUUUGGCAUGUGGGCACGUCAGCGUGAAGGAUUCUCAAUGUACAAGAGGGUGCCCUCAAGAGAUUUUGCAGGUGAUGCAACUUUGGUUGCAGUGGAGGACAACUCAGCUCUUUCACAGAACGGUGUGGAUUUGGAAGCAGCAAAUCCUUCAUGGAGGCUUUCCUUCCCCUAUGUAUUAGUGGCAACUAUAUCUUCAUUCUUAUUUGGCUACCACCUUGGAGUUGUAAAUGAACCACUUGAAAGCAUCUCUUCGGAUCUUGGUUUCAGUGGGAAUACUUUAGAAGAAGGUCUUGUGGUUAGUACGUGUUUGGGUGGUGCAUUUAUUGGAUCUCUGCUAAGUGGUUGGAUUGCAGAUGGUGUUGGACGCCGUAGGGCAUUUCAAUUAUGUGCUCUUCCAAUGAUUAUUGGUGCCUCUAUAAGUGCAACAACCAAAACUCUGCUGGGUAUGCUUCUAGGAAGGUUCUUAGUUGGUACUGGAAUGGGCGUUGGUCCACCUGUUGCAUCUCUUUAUGUGACAGAGGUGUCUCCUGCUUCUGUGAGAGGAACUUAUGGAAGCUUCAUUCAGAUUGCAACAUGCCUGGGGCUUAUGGGGUCUCUUCUAAUUGGAAUCCCUGUUAAAGAAAUUGCUGGCUGGUGGCGUAUUUGUUUCUGGGUAUCUGCAAUUCCUGCCGGAAUACUUGCUCUGGCUAUGAUGUUUUGUGCAGAGAGCCCUCAUUGGUUAUACAAGAAAGGAAGAGCUGCUGAAGCUGAAGCUGAAUUUGAGAAGCUUUUAGGUGCAUCACAUGUCAAAUAUGCAAUGGCAGAAUUAUACAAGUUAGACAGAGGCGAUGAUGCUGAUACUGUCAAACUCUCAGAGCUGCUUUAUGGACGCCAUUUUAGAGUUGUUUUUAUUGGGUCAACCCUCUUUGCUUUACAACAGCUAUCUGGAAUAAAUGCCGUCUUUUAUUUCUCUUCAUCUGUAUUUAAGAGUGCGGGAGUACCAUCAAAUCUUGCCAACACAUUCGUAGGAAUUGCAAACUUAUCUGGAUCUGUUGUUGCAAUGGUUUUGAUGGAUAAACUUGGAAGGAAGAUCCUGCUUCUCUGGAGCUUCUUUGGCAUGGCAGUAUCGAUGGUUCUGCAAGUUGCUGCUGCAAGUUCCUUCAUAACAACCUCCUUAAAUUUUUACUUUUCUGUUGGUGGCAUGCUAAUGUUUGUCUUGACAUUUGCUAUUGGAGCUGGUCCAGUUCCAGGUCUACUUCUUCCAGAAAUAUUUCCCAGUCGAAUUAGGGCGACAGCUAUGGCAGUAUGUAUGUCAGUCCACUGGGUAAUAAAUUUCUUUGUGGGCUUGCUGUUCUUGCGUUUGCUAGAGCAACUUGGACCACAGCUUCUGUACUCAAUUUUUGCAAGCUUCUGCAUGCUGGCAGUUGUCUUUGUUAAAAGGAAUGUAAUGGAGACAAAAGGAAAAUCACUCCAAGAAAUUGAGAUUGCUCUUCUCCCACAGGACUAGAGGUAGAAGAUAAAAUUAAGGCAGAUACUUUGUGUGAAAGCAUAUUACUUCUGCAAGCAAAUUUGCUAGCAACUGUUGUACGUGUACCGGCAGCAAUGAGCUCUAUAUGAGGGUAGAGAAAUAUAAAUCCAGUCAGUUAGUUAUUCAUUAGGGUCUUUGUAUAUCAUAUAGGAGUUUGGAUGCAUUGUUUGGCUGAAAUCAUAGUUGUGUGAACCACUUCCGUCACUUAGACUUAUAUUCAAUUAUCUACUGUAAGCUAAUCUAGGGGGUCACUUCUCUGUGUAAACUAUGAUUUUUAGAGAAAUAUAUCGUAUUCAGUUCU